AUGGAGCGUCACAGACUCUUCGUCUUCGUUUUCCUCUGGUUGUCCCUCUCCAGUCUGCGGCUCAGUCUCUGUUGGCACGACCUGGACAACAGUGAGUUCGACUGUUGGCCUCUGGUCCAACCCGACGAGUUCAACAUGAUCCAGUGCGGAGGUCUGGAGAUGGCGUGGAUAGUGCGCCCCCCGGAGACGGUGAAGAGCGGAGAAGUGUUCAGUGUCACGUACUCAGUCACUGCCCACGACCACUUCUAUCAGUGGGCCGUGGACAACAAGAUAUUUACACACAGUUCUAUCGUAGACGCACAGUCGGCUCGGAGCUUCUGUGAAAAUCUGGACUGUCCUUCAAACUGGAAAGACGCCAACGGAGAAAACUGCUGCAUCCACCACGCCAAUAUACACUCAUGUCCUAUGACAUACAUGACUGAGAGCAUUUGUGGGCCUUGGAUUCCUGACGAUGGGAAGAUCUUCACUCACACCAUCUCCACCACGGGGAAAAUGACCCAAACCAACUGGACCUCCAAGGUGGUUUUGUUCCACCCGGGCCUCACGUCUCUGAUCGCGCACAUCCGGGUGGGUCACAUGCAGGUGGCGCUAGAGUCCAAGAGCACCGUCCUGCCCGCCGUCAUCUGCGGAGACGGCGUUUGCGAGGAGGCGGAGCUCUGUCGCACCUGUCCCGCCGACUGUGGGGAGUGUCCCAUGAGCACGGGCGCCAAAGUGGGCAUCGCUCUGCCGCUGGGCAUCCUCUGCACCUGCUGCGCCUUCCUCUGCACCUGGCUCUGGUAUCAGAAACAGAAGCUGCUUUGGGACGAGAGCUGGAUUAUCGACUACUCCAAAAUCGAAAAAGACCAGCGCGGCCGUGUGACCAUGGGCAGUAUUGCGAGUGCUCCUCUGGGGAACAGUGAGAGUAACAGCAGCUGUGUGACGGCUCUGAGCUGCUGCACCGGAGGAGCCAAGAGGACGACGUUCAUCUGCACCGGGAUCUACGACGGCCGAACUGUCGCGAUAAAGAAAAUCCACACAAAGACGUUCUCUCUGUCCAAAACCAUCAGACAGGAAGUGAAACAAGUCAGGGAGCUGGAUCACCCAAACCUGUGUAAGUUCAUCGGGGGGUGCGUGGAGGCGCCCAACGUCGCCAUCGUGACGGAGUACUGCCCCAAAGGAAGUCUGAACGACGUGCUGCUCAACGACGAGAUCCCGCUCAACUGGGGAUUCAGGUUUUCUUUCGCGAUGGACAUUGCUAGAGGAAUGUCGUACCUCCAUCAGCACCGGAUCUGCCACGGACGCCUCAAAUCACUCAACUGUGUCCUGGACGACCGCUGGGUUUGUAAGAUCACAGAUUUUGGUCUGAACACAUUUCGUCGCCAUGAUGGAGCGGAGCCGGUGUCGUUUUACCAGCAGAGACUGAUGGAGGUGUAUCUGCCUCCCGAGUUUCAGAACUCGAGUCUGGAGCCCACUCAGCCGGGAGACGUCUUCUGUUACUCCAUCAUUUUGCUGGAGAUUGUGACUCGCAGUGAUCCGGUCCCUGCAGAGGAGUCGAACCUGGAGACAUCCUGGUGUCUCCCGUUGCCUGAACUGAUCCGAAGCAAAACAGACAACUCCUGCCCCUGUCCCAGCGACUACGUGGAGCUGAUCCGCAGGUGCCGUUCGAAUAAUCCCGCGCAGAGACCUACGUUUGAGCAGAUCAAGAAGUUUGUCCAUCGGAUCAAUCCCGUCAAAGGCAGCCCCGUCGAUAUGAUGAUGAACCUGAUGGAGAAGUACAGUAAACACCUGGAGGUCCUGGUUGCAGAGCGAACUCAGGAUCUGAUGCACGAGAAGCAGAAAACCGACCGUUUGCUCUACAGCAUGCUCCCGAGACAAGUGGCUGAUGAUCUGCGACAGGGGAUCACCACUCAGGCCCAGAGCUACGCCAGCGCCACCGUGUUCUUCAGUGACAUCGUGGGCUUCACGCAGCUCUCCAGCAGCAGUACUCCGUAUCAGGUGGUGGAUCUCCUCAACAAACUCUACACCACCUUCGACGACAUCAUCGACAACUACGACGUGUACAAGGUGGAGACAAUCGGCGACGCAUACAUGGUGGUGUCUGGCGUGCCCAAAGAGAACGGGAUCCUUCAUGCUUCAGAAAUCGCUAGUAUGGCCCUGGACCUGGUGUCAGUCUGUAAGAGCUUCAGGAUCCCACACAAACCCAACAUGCAGCUGCAGAUCAGAGCUGGGAUACACUCAGGUCCCGUCGUGGCUGGAAUUGUCGGGACCAAAAUGCCUCGUUACUGUUUGUUUGGAGACACAGUGAACACGGCGUCUCGGAUGGAGUCCACCAGCCUGGCGCUGAAGAUCCAGUGCAGCUCUAGCGCCUUCUACCUGUUGGAGGAGGUCGACGGGUACGUGCUGGAGUGUAGAGGGACGCUGCAGGUCAAGGGUAAAGGCGACAUGGUGACGUACUGGCUCGAGGGAAAGAAGUCGGGUUUGGGAAGAAAGGAAGUGAACGUCGAGGCCAAAACAACCAAACUGGUCACCAUGGAUUCUGGAGUGGUUACUACGGAUACGGAGGCGGAGACAGAGAUGUACCGCUCGCUACCGGGAACGCUCAACCAAGACCUCCUCACCAUGGAAUAA